AUGAUGUAGAACUCCAUAUAUAUUUAAUUAAAUUAUUUAAGAUUAAUAUUUUAAGGUUUGAAUUUAGAUAAGAAAUUUAAGUGGAAAUAGAUUUUGAAUACCCAAUUACAUUUGUAAGUCUCCUAUUCAUAAACUUUAAUCACCAAAUGCUAAAAAUAGUUCAGAUUUCAAACAGAAGGAAAUUAAAAAAUAAUAAUACUUUAAAUAUUAGAUAUAAUCAACAAAAGAUAUUCUUGAGAACUAUGAAUCAACCAAAUAGUUUACUUUACUUUUUUCUUCAGAUGAAAUUAAUAUCUUGAUAAUUCAUCGCAUGAUAAUGAUGCCUUGCAAUAUUAAAAAUAUUGUGCUACAUUAACCUUCAUUCCAAAAUUUAAUGAAGUUUCAUUAGAUGAUACAUAAUAUUUAGAUGGUUUAAGUAUGGCUGACAAUUAAGUAAUUAAUAGAGGCAACUACUUUUUCAAAAUUGAUCGAAGUGGAUCCAUGA